AUGCCGACGCCGGCGGACAAGAAGAAGAUCGUCAAGAAGCGCACGAAGAAGUUCACCCGUUUCCAGGCUGACCACUUCAAGCGCAUGAACCCAGCCUGGCGCAAGCCUAGAGGUAUCGAUGGUCGGGUGCGCAGACGAUUCAAGGGCUCCACUCUCAUGCCAAAGAUUGGUUAUGGCUCCGACAAGAAGACCCGGUUUCGCCUCAAGAAUGGCUUCUACAAGUUCGUUGUGCGAUGCCCGGCGGACCUAGAGAUGCUUCUCAUGCACAAUGAGAAGUACUGCGUCGAAGUCGCCCACAACAUUGGCGCCAAGAAGCGCAAGGAGAUUGUGGAGCGGGCUGACCAGCUUCGCUUGCACGUUACCAAUCGGCAGGCACGGUUACGAACUGAGGAGCAGGACUAG